AUAGAGUGAAAAGUCAUGUGAAAAGUGAAAAGCCACCUCCGGGGUCCCCAGAUAUAGCCACUGUUGGCAGUGCUUCUACACAUGACAAAUGUAUGUAUACACCUAGGCCCUUUGGUCUACACACACAUUAGACUGUUUCAGAAUCAAAUCCAGGUUCAGUCUUCUUCCUGGCCAUGUGACCUUGAGCAAGAGAUUGAUUUUAUUUCCUCAGCUGUACAAUGGGAAUGAGCAUCGUAUUAUCUGUAUCCUGAUGUUUUUGUGUGAAUUUUAUGAGUUAAUUUAUAAAAAGCACUUAGCAUGGUCCUUCGUACGUAGGAAGUGCUCCCUAAAAUGUGUUUAUUCUCAGUCACUUCUCUUUUUCAUAACGGCCUAGUAUUUCACCGUUAGUCCCUACCGGUGAACAAUUAGGUGCAUUCAUUCACUCAAAAAUAUUUCUUGAGCACCUACUCUGUGCCAAGCCCCAUGAUGAGCUGCAAUAAGACCUUGAUACCAGGUUCUUCACCCACAUGUCUGGGUAUAUGGCUAGGAACUGCCGGUACCCAAAGUCACUUAAUUUUAAGAUGGUACUAUACUGUCAGUGGCUUUCCAAGGGAUUGCCCGAUGAUGAGCGCGCCCACCUUCAGGGCUGGGCUGGAACCCGCACUUUUGGGACGGUAGUUUCGGGAACUGCUGCCUUUCUCAGAGAAAGCUGCUGACGUGGGCGUCGGCACCGCAGGCCUUUGGCUUGGAAGCCGGGGCCCCUGAGAGGCCCGGGGCGCAGCCACACCCCUGGGGGGGAGGGCGGCGAGGGCGCCCCAAGGGGAGUGGACAGCCCCCCUGUCAGUCUUCCCCGAGUCCGGGAGUGUAAGCCGAGCAGGGAGAAGGUGGGCCUCAUCCAGGGGGAAGGCGAGGAGGAACUUCCUGCCCGCGCGCGCACUCGCCGGCCCUGGGCGCGCAGGCUGGGGGCGGAGGCGCGUCAAGGUCAGCCUGGACCGAGGUGGCAGCCUGCCUAGGGGCGGGAGACCCUCCUGGGGAGCUGGCUGCGGCCUCCAAGAGCCUCGGCCAUAUUGAACAGCCACAGCUGAGCCGUCUUUGUCUGCAAAGUCCUUUCCCAAGUUCCAGGGACGUCCCCUGUGCCUGGCACAGGAAGAGCCACCAGCAGUCCUUACACUGAGUUGGAGCCGGGACACCCAUUUACAGCUUGCGGCGGGCUUGGAACCUUGAGACUCCGACUCACGUAAGCACCCUGAAUCGAUUCCCACCAGUCCUUGAGGGGAGCGAACUGGAUCACGACCCGACUUGUUGCGGGCAGAGAAACUGGGAGGUGAGAUUCCCGGCCGCGCUCUUGGGACCGCAUCCCCACCCCAAGACUCGGCGCUGCGAGUAGUUUGGGCUCCUUGCCCGCACUUUAGAUUUCACCCUGGAGAUCUUAAAGACCCUCGAGAAAAGCCACGUGGGGGGCUGGUUCCCCUGGGGCUUCCUCCCUUCCCCUGAUUGCCUGAUCCUCUGGAGCGUCCCCGACAUCUGCAAAGAUGUGGAUUUGGACGUCCUCGUGGAAGCCUUGAAGCCGGUGGGGACAUUCAAGAAGAUCGGCAAGGUGUUCCGCCGCGAGGAGGACUCCACGGUGGGGAUGCUGCAGAUCGGCGAGGACGUAGACUAUUUGCUCAUCCCCCGCGAGGUCAGGCUGGCGGGAGGCGUCUGGAGGGUUAUCUCCAAGCCCGCCACCAAGGAGGCGGAAUUUCGGGAGCGGCUGAUCCAGUUUCUGGAGGAAGAAGGCCGCACCCUGGAGGAUGUGGCCCGCAUCAUCGAGAAGAGCACCCCCCACCCGCCCCAGCCCCCUAAAAAGCCCAAGGAGCCCGGAUCGAGGAGGAGAGUCCCGCAGAUGGUGACGCCACCUCCUCGGCUGGUCGUGGGUACUUAUGACAGCAGCAAUGCCAGUGACAGCGAGUUCAGCGACUUUGAAACCUCCAGAGACAAGGAUGACAAGGACCACAAAGGCACGGGGCGUGGAAGGAGGCUGCGCAAAAUGCCUGUCAGUUACCUGGGCAGCAAAUUCCUUGGGAGCGACCUGGAGAGCGAGGAUGACGAGGAACUGGUUGAGGCCUUCCUGCGGCGAGGAGAGAAGAAGCCCAGUGCCCCGCCGGCCCGCCGCCGUGUGACCCUGCCAGUGCCCAUGUUUGAGGACAAUCCGGGACCCCAGCUGUCCAAGGCUGAUAGAUGGCGGGAAUAUGUCAGCCAGGUGUCCUGGGGGAAGCUGAAGCGGAGGGUGAAGGGCUGGGCACCGAGGUCCAGCCCAGGGGUGGGUGAGGCCCGGCAGGCCUCUACCAGGGUGGAGAGGGAUGGCGCAUCGGUGCCAGGCAGCUCAAGCCUCGGGGAGGACAGGGGAAAUGCAGGAGAUGGGCGGGUGCCUGAGAAUCCCCCAAGUCGGUGGAGACCCAAAAUCAAUUGGGCCUCCUUCCGUCGUCGCAGGAGGGAGGAAGCCCCAACUAGAGCUCAGAGAACAGAGGCUGCAGAUGAUCAGAGGGCAGAGGUAGUAGUGGUCCCGGGGGCAGAGGCCAUAGCUCUCCAGGGGGCAGAAGCUGUGGAUAAUCAGAGGGCUGAGGCCCCUGCUGCUCAGGGGGCAGAGGACCCAACUGUCCAGAGAGUAGAGGCUGCAGAUAAUCAGAGGGCAGAGGCCCUAGCUGUCCAGGGGGCAGAGGCGCCAGCUGUCCAGAGGGCAGAGGCCAUUCCUGACCAGAGGGCAGAAGCUGCAUGUAGUCAGAGGGCAGAGGCCCUGGCUGUCCAGGAAGCUGAAUCCUCAGCUGCUUGGAGAGCCACAGGGGCAACCCCAGGAGCCAGGACCCGGAAACCGGUCAAGACAGUGAGGUUCCAGACCCCCGGCCGCUUUUCGUGGUUUCGAAAGCGCCGGAGAGCCUUCUGGCACACCCCCAGGUUGCCCACCCUGCCCAAGAGAGUCCCCAGGGCAGGCGAGGCCAGGAGCCUCAGGGUCCUGAGGCCUGAGGCCAGAGCAGAAGCAGAACAUGAAGAGCAAGAAGAUCAGCUGUGAGGCAAGGGCAGGGGGGGUCACAGAGGACCCUGCCACCUGUCACAGUAUUGGCCAGCCAGGGUGUGUCCCUGACUCCCCUGCACUUGGGCAGAGAUGCUAUAAUCUGUCCCCACACUUGAAAAUGGAGAUAAAUCAAGGGCCUGGCAGUGCCCCUCUAAUCUCCGCCUAACACCCCUCUUUUUUCUUGCUAAAAUUGUAUCUUUCAUGCAUUGAUUUAAAAAAAAAAAAAUACAGACUAGGGAGCUCGCAUCAUGCAGCAGCAGAAACGAUCCAAUUAGGAACCAUGAGGUUGCAGGUUUGAUCCCUGGCCUCGAACAUUGGGUUGGGGAUCUGGUGUUGCAGUGAGAUGUGGUGCAGACGCGGCUUAGAUCUGGCAUUGCUGUGGCUGUGGCGUAGGCUGGCAGCUGUAGCUCCAAUUAGACCCCUCACCUGGGAACCUCCAUAUACCGCGGGUGCAGCCCUUAAAAAAGAAAAAAAAAAAUACAGACUCUUCAUAGCAACUCAAAGAAUGUAAAGAAACCUAUAGAACGGGGUUGCAUCUCCCAAGAUUUUAACUUCCUCAAGUGCAACUCUAGGUGCUCCACUUGAAAAGGGAGGCAGGGGAGAAAUUCCUUCCCCUUCCCCUUUUUUCUUCACCAUCUUGCCUGAACACUUACAUUGACUGCCUCCUUGAACUUAAAAAGAAGGCACAGGUCAAUAUGCAAAUAAACAUGUUUACAAACUUA